AAUUUCUGUUUUAUUAAUAUUCCACUAUUUAUAUUAAGAAAAAAUCACCAUGAAUGCGCUUCCCGUACCAUUGAAUAAGGCCUCUAUGCGUAAGUAUGAAGACCUAGAGGUACCGUGCGAGAGCAUCCUCGCAACCUACGUGUGGAUCGACGGAACCUGCAUAGAUCUGCGGUCUAAGGACAGGACAUUGGACUUUAUUCCUAAGGAACAUAAAGAUCUGCCGAUAUGGUACUUCGACGGGAGCAGCACCAGCCAAGCCACCGCCGAUAACUCGGACACGUUCAUAUUCCCGGAAGUGAUUUACAACGACCCGUUCCGCCGCGGCAGCCACAUCAUGGUCCUGUGUGACACGUAUGAGUACAACUACCAGCCUACAGAAUCAAACCACCGCAAGGACUGCGUCCUCCUCUGCGAGAAGGGCGAAGUAGAGGAGCCGUGGUUCGGCUUCAACCAGGAGUUGUUCCUGACUAGCCCCGACGGGCGGCCGCUGGGCUGGCCGGUGGGGGGGUUCCCGCACCCGCCCGGGCCCUACUACUGCGCCGUGGGGUCCAACAAGAUCGUGGCCAGGGAUCUUAUGGAGGCGUUUUAUAAGUGUUGUUUGUUCGCUGGAAUACAAAUAAACGGCAUCAACCCGGGAAUGACGCCUGCACAAUGGAAUUUUCAGGUAGGGCCGAGUCCCGGAGUCCGCGCGGCCGAUGACCUCUGGAUGGCGCGGUACAUCAUCUGCCGGCUCGCCGAGGAGUACGGCACGGUGGCCUCGUUCGAGCCCCAGCCGAUCCCAGACUGGCCCGGCAACGGCACCUUCGUGUACUUCUCCACUAAAGACAUGAGGGACGAUGACGGCAUACUAGUGAUAGAGCGGGCCAUAGACAAGCUAGCGCGAAGGCACGGAGCUCACAUCAACGAGUACGACGCCAACAACGGGGCUGAUAAUGCAAGACGUCUCACGGGGAAAGCUGGCAUGCCACAUAUAAGGGAUUUCACUGCAGGUGUGGCGAACCGCAGCUGCAGUGUGCGGAUCCCGAGGCAGGUGGCCGAGGACAAGCGAGGAUAUCUGGAGGACCGGCGGCCCGCCGCCAACGCCGACCCCUACAGGAUCAUCUCUAUCAUGCUGAAGACUUGUGUCUUUGAUGAAUAGCUGUUUUGGUGUUCAUACAUACAUAU